GGACUGUACGAAGCGAGGCCUCUUCGCCUCCGCCACCUGGGCGCCGUGUGACGUCACUCGGAGGCGCCCUCGCGGCGCGGCACGCGGAUCCCGGGGGCUUCUGGGUAGCGGAUUACCCCCGCCCCCCGCGCCUGCGACUUCCUUUCCGUCCCUGACGCCGCCGAGGUCGCACGCGUGAGGCUAGUCCGCCGCCGAGAUGCGCUACGUCGCCUCCUAUCUGCUGGCCGCCCUCGGGGGCAAUGCCUCCCCCAGUGCCAAGGACAUCAAGAAGAUUCUGGACAGCGUGGGCAUCGAGGCGGACGACGACCGGCUCAACAAGGUCAUCAGUGAGCUGAACGGAAAAAACAUCGAAGACGUCAUUGCCCAGGGUAUUGGCAAGCUGGCCAGUGUGCCUGCUGGUGGGGCGGUGGCCGUCUCUGCUGCCCCAGGAUCUGCAGCUCCCGCUGCUGGUUCCACCCCAGCUGCAGAGGAGAAGAAAGACGAGAAGAAGGAAGAAUCAGAGGAGUCGGAUGAUGACAUGGGAUUUGGCUUGUUUGAUUAGAGUCCUGCUCUCCUGCAAAUAAAACCCUUUUUACGUA